AUGGCUUCUUUUGAUAAUAAUGACAAAGAAGCUUCUCUGAACGAGAUUACCGUUGCUACACCAACCGAUAGUGAGAAGAUUCCGGCUAUAUCUUCAGUGUCAUGGUUUAGAUCAACAUUUUUUCAGGCCACCGUUGUUGGAUUCGUUGCGCUGUUGGCCCCUGGCCUUUACAAUGCAAUGCAGUCUACUGGAGCUGCGGGGAUGUUCACUCCGUACUUGACGAUGAGAGCCAAUGCAAUCUUAAACACUUUGAUGUUUCUCGUUUGUAUUGGAGGAUCUACAGUCUCAAAUCUCAUUGGUUUGAAGUACACAUUCAUUCUUGGGACCACUGGUUAUCCACUUUAUGCUGCUGCAAUGUACUGCAACAACCGUUAUGGAACUGAAUGGUUUGUUUACCUUGGUGCAGCAGCUUGCGGACUCAGCGCUGGACUGUUCUGGGCUUCGGAAGGUGCCAUCAUUAUUGGCUAUCCCGAGGAACACAAAAGAGGAAGGUAUCUUGCAUACUGGCUGGCUUUCAGAAAUAGUGGCUCUAUCAUUGGAGGUGCAAUCAACUUAGCCUUCAAUGCUCACGGAGUCACUCGUGGAAAACUGGAUUGGCGAACAUUCUUAGUGUUUGUCAUUUUGCAAUCCCUAUCACCCUUUGUUGCCGGUUUCUUAUCCCCACCUCACAAAGUUAGAAGACAGGAUGGUGCUACUAUUAAAGAGCACCAGAAAACGUCGACAAAAAAGGAACUCGUUGAUCUAUAUCACCUAUUCAAGUCGAAGGAAAUCAUACUAGUCUUACCUUUGUUUUUCUAUGCAACAUACGAGCUCUCCUACAUUGGAUCAUACUUGACGCUGUAUUUUACAGUGCGUGCAAGAGCACUUGCGUCUCUUGUUUCAGCAUUGGUUCAGAUCCUUGGAAAUUUGCUGUUUGGUGUGUUUCUUGACUGGAAGCGUUUCAGCGUGAAUCAAAGAGCAAAAAUCGCGUACAUAUUCAUGAUGUCAAUUAUUGGUGGAUGCUGGAUUUGGGGAACUGUUGUGCAGUAUGAUUAUUGGAAAGACCCCCCAGCGUUGGACUGGAAUGAUUCUGGAUUUGGCAGAGGAUGGGCUCUCUAUAUUUUCUGGCAGCUCAAUUUCUCAAUGGUUUACAACUACUGUUAUUGGAUGAUUGGGUACAUGACCACGGACGACACAGAACAUGUGAGAUACACUUCAAUUGUGAGAGGUGUGGAAGCCGCAGGAGGUGCAGUCGCGGCUGGAAUUGCUUCAACUAAAGCUCCUUUGAUCGCAUCAACGGGAAUCAACUUUGGAUUAUGGGCAAUCUCAGUUCCAACUGCGUGGGUUGUUAUUCGCCAGGAUGACCACCUGGCGCACGGCGAGGACCUGUUCUCGCGAGGCCCCGAGCCUGAGCGCGCCCUUCAUGUGCCAGAGCGACUGCACCGGGAGGUUGUUGGCGAUCAGCGCGGCGCAGAUGCAGUAGGAGGUUUCGGUCUGGGUGAGGAUCCCGUGGAAGUGGAAGAUGGGUCCGAAGAUCAGGGCGAGCGCGGAGUAGGGGUAGUCGGGGUGGACGCUGGCCAGCAGGCGCAGGGUCUGGUCUGUUUCGUCGCCGUAGAUGGACUGGAAGAGGUGCGGGUCGACGCUGUUCCUGAGGUGCAAAAGCGCGUUGAUCAUCAGCGGGUUCCCGUAGAGGACGCCUGUGGUGAAGAUGGCCUCGCGCACGGAGGCGAGGAGGUCGACUUUGGCGCUGUGGUCCUGCGCGCGGCUGAGCAGGAAGGCGACGAGGUCGACGAGGAGGUCGAGUUUGCGCUGGACGGUGAAGCAGAUGGCCACGAGCAGGUACCACGGGUUGCGGGCAGCGGUGUCGAGCGGCUCGGCGAUGCGCUGCAGCUGUGCGAGCAGCUGGGGCAGUUGUUGGUUUGUCGUCAUCAAGCGUCUGUGUGCACGGCGAGGAGGUAUCUGAAGAUAAAUAUGGGGACUGCGCAUCGGGCAAUCUCGGAGCGAUUGCGCGAGCGCGAGCGAGCUGGUGAGAGGGCGCACGGCGGUGGUGACUGGCGGGGCCAACGGCAUUGGGCGGGAGGUCGUGAGGCUGCUGGUGAGCAAGGGCGCGAACGUGUGCUUUGUGGACCUGAGCGAGGAGGAGUCGGGCAGCCUGGUGCGCGAGCUGGCGACCACGCGGGUGCUGUACCAAAAGGCGGACGUGACGUCGUGGGCCGGGCUGCGCGGCGCGUUCGAGAGCGCGUGGAGGCGGUUUGGCUCGAUCGACAUGGUGGUGCCGGCGGCGGGGAUCAUGGAGACGAAGGACUUUCUCGCGGAGGAGGUGGUGGACGGCGAGCUACAGCCGCCGUCGUACGCGGCGCUGGACAUCAACCAGAAGGGCGUGCUGAACGCGGUGAAGCUUGCGCUGUUCUACUUCAAGAAGCGUGGCGAGAGGGCGAGCCGAGCGAGCCUAGCGAGCCGGGUGAAGUCGAUCGUGCUUGUUGCGUCGACGUCGGGGUACUUUGGCGGGCUGGGGCAGCUGACGUACAAGGUUGCGAAGCACGGGGUGGUGGGCAUUCUGCGCGGGCUGCAGGCGCACCAGGCGGAGGGUGGGUUUGUGGUGAACUGCGUUGCGCCGUCGUACACGGAGACGUACAUGAUGGGCCCGCUGCGGGAGAUCUGGCGACAAGGCGGGGGGCCGGUGAACACGGCGACGGAGGUUGCGGCUGCGGUUGUGCAGCUGCUGGUUAG